AACAAGAGCGGCUAUUGUUAGCCGAGGACCAGCCAGCAGGUUGUGACAGAGUUUAUCACGUACUCACCACCUACCUGUUGAAUAUUCACACAGUUUAUUUGCAAGCGAGGGGCCGAGUCACUGUCGAAGAACAAAAGUCAAACCUAAAAGCUGUGGGCAGGUGAGGCAGGGAAAAGUGUUCGCGGAAGGAAGGAAGGAAUUGAGGAAAGCUAGGAGGAAGUAAAUAAGGACAUCAGACCGUUGGGGCUUGGGACUCAACAGGUUAGCCACUUCAAUGUUAUAGCAGCGGCUCGGACUUUUUGCUUUCCACGUCGAAAAACAAACGAGUACAACAACAAGAAAAUGCCGUUGGGACCAUGGAGGAAGAAAAACAAACCGACGAAGGAGCAUUUGGUGGAAAACGAGGAGGUCACCGGCGGACACGCAGGUCCCGGGAGCUUGGCUAAAUCCGCCGUGAACGGAGCGGGGCUACCGCCUCCACCUGCCAACCUGCGGCCCAAACUGGUCUUCCACACGCAGCUGGCUCACGGAAGCCCCACCGGCAGGAUCGAGGGAUUUUCCAACGUGAAGGAGUUGUACGCGAAAAUAGCAGAGGCUUUUAAUAUAAGGCCACCUGAGAUAAUGUUCUGCACCCUCAACACCCACAAGAUUGACAUGGACAAGCUGUUGGGGGGCCAGAUCGGCCUUGAGGAUUUUAUCUUCGCCCACAUUAAAGGGAUCAAGAAGGAGGUGGAAGUUUAUAAAUCUGAAGAUGCUCUGGGCCUCACCAUCACCGACAACGGAGCGGGAUACGCUUUCAUAAAGCGAAUCAAAGAGGGCAGUGUUGUGGACAGGGUGAAGGUGAUCUGUGUGGGUGACCACGUAGAGUGCAUUAAUGGACGUAACAUCGUCGGGACAAGGCAUUAUGAAGUCGCCCGCAUGCUUAAAGAUUUGCCCAAAGACAAAAAUUUCACCCUGAAACUGGUUGAGCCGAUGAAGGCCUUUGAAAUGCUUGAGCCCAGGUCAAAGGGUGCCAAACCUGCUGGUGACAACAAGAUCGGCACAGGGAGGGGGACUCUGAGACUUCGAUCCAAGGGCCCAGCUACUGUAGAGGAGGAGCCAACAGAAUUUGAGGAGAAGGCCGUGAAGAAAGUGGAUGACCUCCUGGAGAGCUACAUGGGCAUCAGAGAUACUGAACUCGCUGCUACGAUGGUUGAGGUUGGCCGUGACAAGAAGAACCCGGAUGAAUUUGCCAUGGCGUUAGACGAGACCCUCGGAGACUUCGCCUUUCCCGAUGAGUUUGUCUUUGAUGUCUGGGGGGCCAUUGGAGACGCCAAGCAGGGAAGAUUUUAAGUUUGCCCCCACCCCUUAAAAAGAAAAAAAAGCCACACACACACACUCCUUCCCUCCUUCGCCAACUCACCUCUUAAUAUCCUCAGAAGCAAACUGGACAAACUUUGACUAGCACAAACAGGGGCGGAUGAUGUGUUCUUAGGUGUAGCUUUGUACUAGGAUGGAGUGUCUUAAAGCGGACUUGGUCAUGUGGGUUUACGUAAGGAAUUUAACAUGUCAGCGUUUCAGUGUCAUCUUGUAAAGGUAUCCAUGAAAUGUGGAAUGCAGUUUCCAACACUGGACAUGUCUCCUGCAAGCUGAAGAGUUGGUGAUUAUUUCCAGAUGUUGUUUAAACCUUUUAAAGACCCCCUGAGCUGUAUCUUAGAAAGCUCAUGAUGCUGUUCUUCUGUCAGAACAGAGUCAACAGCGGUCUAUCACACACUUAUGAAAUGGCAUUAAAUGAAAAAAAGAAUCACUGUUUUAAUCACUAUAUCACUGUAUCAUUUUGAAUAUAAAGAUGUUUCACACAGCUUUUUAUAGGCUUUUUUAUAUGUAAAAAUGUCGCUGAUUUUACAGCAGCAGCGUUGUGUAAUUACGGUGAUUAGUAGCAAUAUUUUCCCCUCAGCAACCUUUUAAACUUUUUAUUUUUUAAAUGACCUCACAUUGUAGCCAAAAUGUCAGCUAUUUGGCCACGUUCACAUUGUUGUGAACUCUUCUGUCCAUCCACACGUCAGGUUGAGCCUUUCGUCCAUCUGUCAGAGACGGAGCAGAACAAAAGGGUUUUAUCUUUGAAUGUCUUUAGCUAAGUUCGACGACACACAUUCCACUGACAUAUCUUAUGUUUGUCAUGUUGUUAUAGUCUGUAAACACUGUUCACAUGUCAUGAAAUGAGGCUUAUUAAGAGAUGCACGCCUGUAAUUUAUGUCCUCAUGAAAAAUCACAUGCUGGAAGACCUUUUUACACUAAUAAGUGGCUCACUAUGAAAGGUUAGGAAAGGUUCUUUCCUAUAUAAAGCCAUUUUGAAGGCUGUGUCUGGAAUGGGAUCAGUUGCAAUUCAAUGUCCUAAAUAACUGCACUAUUUAAAUCACUGUCAAACUGAAUUUAAAUAGUGACUUGAUUAGUGUCAUCUACUGCUAACUGUUUGUAGCAGUUGCAUAUUGUUUGACAAACCAUAAGGGAUCACUAUUGUUGGAUAGACAAUAAAAUUUGAUAUACUAUUA